CUGACCGCCUUCUAGUGUGGAUGCGUGUGUGUGUGUGUGUGGAUUGAAAAAGUUAAAUACACACGCCGUGCGAGACAUUCGGACAGUGUGUUUAUGUGCUUCGUGCGGUGCGGUUCUCGUUUUUUCCGAAUAUUUGCGCUAAUUUCAACAAUCCAACCAAUUUUUCGAACAGCAAUCUAAAGCGGAGUAUACACAUUUUGCUUCUUUUUUCAACUGAACGAAUACAAGAGAAGCUGUUAAAUAGAAUAAAAUCAACUAUAUUUACAACAAAAACAUAUAUACACAUAUAUAUAUAUAACCGCUCGUGUUAUAUAAUUUUAAAAUAAGUUUUGAAACAAGUUCAAACAACCACAAAAAUAAGAAAAUGUCUGCAGCCACAGAACAACAAAACAAUGGUGAUGUUGCCGUAGAGAAGGUUGCCGCCAGCGACGAUGUUGCAGCGGUAAAGGAGGAUCUCAAAGCCAAAGCGGCGGCCGAGGAUAAAGCAGCGGCUGAUGCUGCUGGCGACGCCGCAGCUGACAAUGGCACAGCGAAGGAUGGCGAGGAUGCUGCCGAUGCGUCUGAUGCUGUUGCCGCGCCCGCAAAGGAUUUAGUAAAAGGCACAAAGAGGCCAGCUGAAGCAAAAUCCGCCGAAUCAAAGAAAGCCAAGAAAGAUAAACCCGCUGACGGUGAUUCCGAUGAGGAGGAUCCCGAAAAUGAUGAAAGUGAUAUGGGAAGCGAUGAGUAUGACAUCCCCUACGAUGCCGAGGAAGAUGACAUUGAAUGUGAAGAUGAUGAUGACGAUAACGACGACGGAUCCGGUUCGGAGGAUGACGCGUAAUAAUUGUAAUGUAGUCAAAGAUACAAAAUAAAAUAAAACAAAAAAUAUUUAAAUAAAUAAUAAACAAAAUUACAAGCAAAACAACAACCAGAGAAAAACAACACAAAAAAAUCGCAAAAUAUAUAAUUUUAUGUUAAGAAAUAA